CGCCUAGCAGGUUAUGUCAGACAGUAGCCUACUUCCUUAUUGGAAGUGAGAAAGUACCUCUUAUUUUAGGACAGUAAGCAACGUUUUCAGAAAAGAUACGGCGUAGCUACUCUUUAAAGUCCAAAAAUGUCCAAACCGCCUCCCAAGCCAGCCAAACCAGGUAAGUAUUCGAUUAACUGCGUGAUAAUUAGCUAGAUAACGUUAAGCUAACUAGCUACUUCCUCUCCCGUCCGGCAUCAAGCAAGUGUAACACACCUAGCGAGCGAACUAGCUAGCCAAAUGCUUGACCAGUGAUCUCCUUGAAUAAUUGAACAUUUCAGUGAGAUUUCAGUUGUCUCUGUCCUCUUCUCACCGUGGUCCUUCUGUGCGUAGUUAUGUGGCCGCUAUUGUCUAACUUUACGAAGUAGCUAGAUCCAAAGUUAGCUAGUUAGAUGUAGAUCCCAUGGCUAGGUCAUCAUGGCUUAUGUGACUUCCCCAUUUCACAGAAGUGUAUGUCAGGCAAUGGUUGCAGUCCCAUCCCAAAGGCUUCCAGAAUGUUGUGUGGAGUUGUUUUGCUUAAGCCAAUGUUAUACAUUUUAUAUUGGUAGCUACAUAUUGCAUAUUGGUUCUGUCUACUGGAAAUCUGCCCCCCAGUAUAUGUGUGAAAUGCCACAACUGGUUGAACACGGCACCUGUAUAAUUACAACCAGUUAGCAAGACUGAGUUGCCUAGUUUCAUUUAGCAGACGCUCUUAUCCAGAACGACUUACAGGAGCAAUUAGGCUUAAGUGCCUUGCUCAAGGGCACAUCGACAGAUUUUUCACCUAGUCGGCUCGGGGAUUAUAACCAGCGACCUUUCGGUUACUAGCACAACGCUCUUAACUACUAAGCUACCUGCCGUACUAGUUCUGACUAGUACGUGAACGCGGCAUUAGAGAUGUCGACGAUGAGCAUGACGUGUCUCCUAUGUAACGCCCGGUAUCCCAAAAUAUAUCGUAAGGCUAAAUUCAUCGUUAGAACCUGUGUAGGAGCAUAGCUAAAUCGAGCUGUUUCCCAAAACCAUCUUUAUUAAAGUUGCACUUGAAAACGCUCGUAAUCUAACGCCUGCCUCAGACCAGUCGUAUAACAGCAACGUUCGUCUUUAGAAGCUUUUUGCCCUUCCACGUCACCUUAUACACAGAAGAUCUUCGCUAAACAUACAACCAUAUGGUUUAACUGUCUCUCUGUGACCGCCGAUAACUUCAGAACAAAGUUGACUACAAAUACAAAGUUGCCAAUGGGCGUAUUCGAUUAUGCUAAGCCGCGGGACACCGGUCUAUGGCCCGUGACGUCAACGGGCAAAAGCAGUGAGUGAGGAGCGCCCAUCUCAAAUCAAAUACAAUUUUAUUUGUCACAUGCGCCGAAUACAACAGGUGUAGCCCUUACCGUGAAAUGCUUACUUACAAGCCCUUAACCAACAAUGCAGUUUUAAGAAAAUAGAGUUAAGAAAAUAUUUACUAAAUAAACCAAAGUUUAAAAAAAAAAAGUAACACAAUAAAAUAAAAAAUGAGCCUAUAUACAGGGGGUACCGGUACCGAGUCAAUGUGCAGGGGUACAAGUUAGUCGAGGUAAUAUGUACAUGUAGGUAAGGGUAAAGGGACUAUGCAUAGAUAAUAAACAGCGUGUAGCAGCAGUGUAAUUUUCUUUUUUGAAAGUAGUCCGGGUAGCCAUUUUCAUUAAUUGUUCAGCAGUCUUAUGGCUUGGGGGUAGAAGCUGUUAAGUAGCCUUUUCGACCUAGACUUGGCGCUCCGGCACCGCUUGCCGUGCGGUAGCAGAGAGAACAGUCUAUGACUGGAGUCUUUGAAAAAAUGUUGGGCCUCCCUCUGACACAGCCUAGUAUAGAGGUCCUGGAUGGCAUGAAGCUUGGCCCCAGUGAUGUACUGGGCCGUACGCACUACCCUCUGUAGCGCUUUACGGUCGGAUGCCGAGCAGUUGCCAUACCAGGCGGGGAUGCAACCGGUCAGGAUGCUCUCGAUGGUGCAGCUGUAUAACUUUUUGAGGAUCUGGGGACCCAUGCCAAAUAUUUUCAGUCUCGAGGGGGAAUAGACGUUGUCGUGCCCUCUUCACGACUGUCUUGGUGUGUUUGGACCAUUAUAGUUUGUUGGUGAUGUGUACACCGAGGAAUUUGAAGCUCUCGACCCGCUCCACUACAGCCCCAUCGAUGUGAAUGGGGGCGUGUUCAGCCCUCCUUUUCCUGUAGUCCAUGAUCAGCUCCUUUGUCUUGCUCACGUUGAGGGAGAGGUUGUUGUCCUGGCACCACACUGCCAGGUCUCUGACCUCCUCCCUAUAGGCUGUCUCAUCGUUGUCGGUGAUCAGGCCUACCACUGUUGUGUCGUCAGCAAACUUAAUGAUGGUGUUGGAGUCGUGCUUGACCACGCAGUCGUGGGUGAACAGGGAGUACAGGAGGGGACUAAGCACGAACCCCUGACGGGCCCCUAUGUUGAGGAUCAGCGUGACAGAUGUUGUUGCCUACCAUUACCACCUGGGGGCGGCCUGUCAGGAAGUCCAGGAUCCAGUUGCAGAGGGAGGUGUUUAGUCCCAGGGUCCUAAGCUUAGUGAUGAGUUUUGUGGACACUAUGGUGUUGAAGGCCGAGCUGUAGUCAAUGAACAAUAAUCUGCGCCACUUGGUCAUGACAUCAACAAGGCAGCAUAUGGUGCAGGGCUCUUUUCCAUAAAAUAUGUUUACAUUUUCAAAAUGUAAACAUAUUUUGGUUGCGGCUAUAUACAUCGUAUCAGUUCUCUCUGCGUGGUGUUUGGGGAAACGCAUGCUACAUCUUCGACCAUUGUAGGAGAGAUGCAUCAUUAAACACGCGUAAGCCUAAGGUCCAUUACACAGCUCUGCAAGCAUUAUAUAUAAUGUGAAAAUACGUUUGCUACAGUGGAUUUUGACCGGAGGUGGCACCUACUCUUGACAACGCUUCGCACCAACACUUCGCUUUACAUUUGCAUAAAGUAGAGCUCAACUUUUUCUACUGCUCCGCUAGCAGGGUUCUCGCCGCUCACCUUCCCCCGCACAUUUCUCCACGUGCCCUCAUUGAAAAUGAAUGGGGGUGGAACUUCUCCUGCUGAAUUCGCUGUUAGUGAAAACCCUACGUUACUCACCAAAUAUGGAGUUUCGCAGAGCAAUUAUCUUCAUUUACUCCCAUUACGGCCGGUAUGUACUUCCAAAAAAGGUCAAAAAAAUAAAUAUAUAUAUAUAUAAGCAACUGAAAAAAUGGCUCUUCAGCACCUCCAAUGUAUUGAGCUGUUGUAAACUUCCAACUCCAUAUUUGGUGAGCAACGAAAGUAUUUUAACAUUCUAACGCUUGCAGAGCUGUCUAAUAGGAGUUUGAAUCAGAGCUUCCUGGGCGUUAGAGGAGACACAUCAUACUCAUCGUCAACAUCUCUAACGCACAGAUACUGGGGCACUGGAAACCCAGUGGUCUGCUAUGCUUCCAUGGUGGUAACAUGCACAGAGCAGUUGAUCCCUUUACAUUUUAAAAACUCACUCACCAAUGGGUUGCUUUUAGUUUUUCCAAUUUUUCACCUUUUAAUUUGAGAUUGUUACAAACAUGAAGACUGUCAUUCUGAUAUAGACCUACCUUUUGUGGGUUUUUUCCUAAACCAGGAAUGAACCAUUCCUGAAAUACAGAGCAAAGCUGCUUAGCCCCCCCACCCAGACUGUGAGGCUGAGUGUACUGUGGAUGGGCUAGUCAGCACAGGCCCCAGAGUUUCACAGGGGCAGGAUGGGGCCUGUAGAACCACUCUGGGAACAGAGCUGAAUAGAGCAGGGUUUGUCUAUGAACUCAACUGCAGCUUCUCACUGGAACAGUGUGUGGCUCAGUCAGGGUGUAUACAGAGUGAAAAUCUCUGGUGCAUUUCCAUACAGGAUUUAUCCCAGUGUUUUACCCUAAAGGCUCAGACUUUUCUGUUUCCAUCUACGUGGGCCAGCACCCAUGUCUCAACUGGGACAUAGCUCCGGCGGACCUGCUCUCACUUGGGGCCAAAGCCAGGCCACUGGUACUUUUCAGCUUUCAUUUACAUAAUGGCUAACUGUGAACUAUAACGCCUUCUCACAAAGUGUUUUAAUUAUGCAGAGGUUGUUGAUUCUGCUCUUCACAAGUCCUCACUGUUAGCCCUAGCUAUGGCAACACAAUUUCCCUAGUAUAACAUAAGGGUGUAUAUGUAUAGAAGCAUGCAUACCCCUGUGUUUUCAAGUCCCCAAUUGAUUCCCAUUUCUGCAUAAACAGUGUUUCUUUAAGCCUGGGUCAUGUUCAUUUGAUGUUUCUUAUUGGACAAGAAGGCCUGGAGGUAGUCCCUCCCAGUUACACUCAGUUUUGUGCCUAAUUAUUAUUAUAUUUUAUUUUUUUACCUUUUUAACUAGGCAAGUCAGUUAUGCAGUUAAGAACAAAUUCUUAUUUACAAUGACGGCCUACACCGGCCAAACCCAGACGACGCCCAGACGCUGGGCCAAUUGUGCACCGCCCUAUGGGACUCCCAAUCACGGCCGGUUGUGAUACAGCCUGGAAUCGAACCAGGGGGUCUGUAGUGACGCCUCAAGCACUGAGCCUUAGACCACUGCGCCACUCGGGAGCCCAAUGAACACAACCCUGGUUUCUCUGUGCCUAUGAACUAGUUUAGCUUUCUCUCAACACCACUCUGGUAACAUACCACCCCUGGGAUUGAGACAAGCUAGAACAGUGUGUCUUCAGGGGCCCUUAGGCCAUGUAGCCUUGGAGUGUGUGGACGAGGACCCAAUGUCUGCUGACUGUGUGAAUGGAUCUGAUAGAACAAAAUCUGAAAUGUGGAAACAUUUGUGUGAUAGCCUGUCUGGAUCUUUUUCUGUGUGAUGCGCUGCACAGUUGUAUAGAUUCAAACUCAUGUCCGUUUCCCUCUGUCUGUUCUCUCAUAGGCCAGGUCAAGGUCUUCCGAGCCAUGUUCACCUUUGACCCCCGAACGGUUAGUGUUUAUUUUCCUAAUGGUUUGUCUAGUCCCUUCACUUCGCCUCACACCAAUCCAAAUUAAAAAUGGUAUUUGUUUUUUUUUGCUUUUCAGCCAGAUGAGCUCUUCUUUGAAGAGGGAGACAUCUUGUAUAUCUCUGAUACGGUAAGUUACUGUUAGCAGCCCUUUCUGUCCGCCUGUCCACUUUUCUCCCUUUCUCUCUUUUACUCAUUUAUUCUGUGUCUGUGGCCCUCUCUCUGUUUUUUUUCCCCUCACCUUUUCCUCGAUCCCCCACUUCUUUUUCCUCCUCUUGUCUUUCCUGUAUCCCAUUCUCUUUUUCUCUUUCUCGUUUGUCUUUUCUCUCACCUCAGAGAUACUGGAUGCAAGCAUUCUGUAUUGCCAUUGGCUCUCACUGCCUGUCUGUCAUCCUUAGAGUGACAGCAAUUGGUGGAAGGGAACCUGCAGGGGAAGAACUGGCCUCAUCCCAAGCAAUUAUGGUGAGUAGACAAACCAUAACACUGUAUGUGAUUGUCAUAUGGCUAGUUGCACAGUAAGGUUGAAGUUGUAUCACAAUAGAGGUGCCCAUCCAUGUUAGUAAAUGCAUUAUUCCAUCAACUUGUCUUUAGAUGGAGAAAACCGGUUCUCUGUGUUUGAUCAUGUUGCCAAAACCUUUCUCUGUAGGCAUUGUAGGCACCCCUUAAUACCGGGGUCUCCAACCCUGUUCCUGGAGAGCUACCAUCCUGUAGGUUCACUCCAACCCUAAUCUAGCACACCUGAUUCUAAUAAUUAGCUGGUUGAUAAGCUGAACAAGGUUAGUUACAACUGGGGUUGGAGCGAAAACAUACAGGAAGGUAGCUCUCCAGGAACAGGGUUGUACACCCCUGCCUUAAUAGAUGAAUGCCCUAACUAUGGUUUUCAAAGGAGCAUGUUGCUCUCUUGAAAUCACUCUUUGCUGUCCGACUUCCUCAACCCACAGUGGCCGAGCAGGCAGAGUCCAUUGACAACCCAAUGCACGAGGCAGCUAAACGAGGUGAGUCACCAAAAGAGGCCUGCUGCGUCACUCACUCUUCCCAAUUAGCAAAUAUUGUGCACCACACCACCAACAAUCUAAACCUACUAUAUAGUCCAAUAACAAACUCUACAUUUUGAUUGUUGUUUGUUUGCUAUACACCUUCUAUAACCUGUAUGAAUUUGAAUGGUGUGAUGCUUGCUUCAUUUGCAUACAGAUGUUUAUUUGUGUGUAUUUACACUUUUGCGUCUGCGAUUUGCAGGGAAUCUGAGUUGGCUAAGGGAGUGUCUGGAGAACAAAGUGGGAAUUAAUGGACUGGACAAAGCUGGGAAUACUGCCCUCUACUGGGGAUGCCACGGAGGACACAAAGGUAACAGAUCAUCUACUACACACACACCUCAACACAUGCAUCGUUCACUCCGUGAUAUGCGAAUACAGAAUGCACAGACGCAUGCACUCACUCAUACAUGCGCCGACGCGCACACACACUCAGCUUUUUUUCUUGAAUGACAGAGCAAAUGCAUGUCAGCCUGCACACACAUACACACACACACUGUUGUGAGAUGAAUGACAGUGUUAUGUUGUGUUUUUGUGACAGAUGUGGUGGAGAUCUUGCUGGGGCAGUCUAGCGUUGAGUUGAACCAGCAGGUGAGAAGAACCGUUUACAAUUUUGGAAAAUGCGGUUUUAGGCAAAUUGUUAUGACUGAUUUUUUUUUUUUUAUGCGAUUGAUGCAUACAGUAUUAAAGUCUAAAGACUCUAUUUAGACUCUUAAGUCCAGGACUAGAUUAACUAAAAAAAAUGUCUUUCAAAAGGGAUUAUUUUAUUGAGCAUGCAUUUUAGUCCAGGACUAGGCUUAAUCUGUGUCCUGGAAACUAUCUCUAUAUGAUGAGGAUUAUGCUAUGAUGUGAUGGGUAAGGUCUUUGAUUAACAUGUGGGCUGUUCUGUUCCGCUGCAGAAUAAACUGGGAGACACUGCGCUGCAUGCUGCCGCCUGGAAGGGAUACUCAGACAUAGUGGAGAUGUUACUGAAUAAGAGUAAGUCCAUCUACUUUUCAUUUCAAGUUCCAUAUAUAUAUAUUUUUGCUCUCUUUCCCAGUUUCGUUUCCCAUCUCUGUGUGUGUAUGAGCCAGGGUUGGGGUCAGUUCACAAAUUGACUGACUUCCAUUUAGAAUUGACCACAACCCUGGUAUGAGCAUGUCUGGUUGUUUUUCAUUUUCUAUAUUUGUGUUUAUUUCUGUAUUUGUGUUUCAGAUGCCAGGAUGGAUAUUAAGAACAACGAGAAGAAGCUGGCUCUGGAGAUGGCCACCAAUGCCCAGUGUGCCUCUCUCAUCAAGAGGAAACAAGGAGGCAGUGAGUCAUUUAGGCCAGAAGGUGGAAGCCUUACGCCAUUUUGGGUCGGUUUCCCGGACACUGAUAAAGCCCUAGUCCCGGGACUCAAAAGCGCUUUCAAUGGGGAAUCUCUAUUGCACAUGUUUCUUAGUCCAUGACCAGGCUUAAUCUGUAUCUGGGAAACAGGCCUUUAUUGUCACACAGUCAAUCAGGUUGAUUGACUGUUCAUGAUAAUUUCUCAUUUAGUCACGUUCAUUUAUAUGCUUUGGUGCUUAUUUUUCACCAUGUUCAUUUAUAGAUUUAACUUGCUAAGUAAGGCAUUUCAUGCAUUUCAAUAACACUACUCAGAAUGCAAGAUGCCAAAACGAGGAACCCCCAACAAAGAACUGUACAGUCCAGUCCAUACUGGAUCAUAGUUGUACUUUUUCCCUCAUGAGUCCCUAAAUAGAGGAAAUGUUUUUUAAUUCCAUGAAAUGUAAUUGAAUAUCCUACCACUGUUACUGGCCUAAGCUCUUCCUUCCUAUUUGUUCUAUUACAGAUAUCACACGUACACACAGCAAUGCCGAUGAAUACCUUGACGACGAAGACUCUGACUGAUUCCCCCCUUUCGGAGUGGUCUAUCUCAGGCCUGUCUCUCAUGUGAUGGGGGGAGUUUGGGG